AUGCAAUUUAACGCCGGACUUGGAUUGGGACUUGGGCAGACCAUGGCUUCUCGGGCUGAACUGGAGGGCUCACAGGGUAGCUCUGGGACUGGCGAACUCGGGGCUAAUGCCAAGCCAGCAGUGAGCGGACCCAGUGAGGAACCGGGUUUGCUUCCCGCUUAUUCGACCAUCGCUCUGGUGGAGGACGAGCCGGAGGAUCCCUGGGCAGUGCCCAAACUCGAGGCUGUUGGCAUCAAGUGGUCAGAUCUGAGUGCCGCACAGAAGGCUGUCCGUGUGCUGACGGCGGUGUUGAAACUGGUGUUACUUCUUGGCUUCCUCUACGUGUUUGUGUGCUCGCUGGACAUCCUGAGCUCGGCUUUCCAGCUUGUGGGAGGUAAAGCUGCCGGAGAUAUCUUCAAGAAUAACGUGGUCCUGGCAAAUCCUGUGGCCGGCCUGGUGAUCGGGAUCUUGGUAACAGUUCUGGUGCAAAGUUCCAGCACCUCAUCCUCGAUCGUGGUCAGCAUGGUGUCCUCUGGCUUGUUGGGAGUGCAAUCCGCCAUCCCCGUGAUCAUGGGGACGAACAUCGGCACCUCGGUUACCAACACCAUCGUGGCCUUGAUGCAAUCCGGAGACCGGACUGAAUUCAGAAGAGCUUUUGCAGGUGCAACUGUGCAUGAUUUCUUUAAUUGGCUGUCAGUUCUUGUCCUGCUACCAAUUGAAGCAGCCUCCGGCUAUCUAUACCAUCUCACUCAGAUCAUUGUUCAAUCAUUUGAUCUCAAGAAUGGUGAGGAUGCUCCAGAUAUGUUAAAAGUCAUUACUGAUUGCUUCACGAAACUUAUUAUACAGUUGGAUAAAUCUGUAAUAAAUGAAAUAGCAACAGGAAAUCCAGCAGCAGCAAACAAAAGCCUUAUUAAGGAAUGGUGUAAAACCACAACUCAAAUGGUAGAGAAAAAUGUAACUGUUCCCAAUGAAUACAACUGCACAUCACCUGAGUUUUGCUGGAGUGAUGUCAACCAUACUUGGACUCUGAAAAAUGUAUCGGAAACAAUAAACCUUCAAAAAUGUCAUCAUCUGUUUGUAAAUACAGCAAUAUCUGAUUUAGGCGUUGGUCUAAUCCUUCUUGCAGCCUCUUUGAUUGUACUGUGUACCUGUUUGAUACUUAUUGUUAAACUUCUCAACUCCAUGUUAAAAGGACAAGUUGCUACAGUUAUCAAAAAAUUUAUCAAUACUGAUUUCAAAUUUCCAUUUGGUUGGUUAACUGGAUAUAUAGCUAUUGCAGUGGGUGCUGGAAUGACUUUUAUUGUUCAGAGCAGUUCCAUUUUUACUUCAGCUCUUACUCCAUUAGUUGGAAUUGGUGUAAUAAGCAUUGAGCGAGUAUAUCCCCUCACACUGGGUUCCAAUAUUGGUACAACUACAACAGCUAUUAUAGCUGCUCUUGCUAGUCCAGGAGAAACCUUAGCUGACUCUCUGCAGGUGAGUAAUUAA